AUGGAGUUCAAUGAGAUAGUAACAAGAGUUCUUGGAUCGCAUAUGAUACUGACAGCUUCUAUCGGUCUAUGUAUAAAUGUGUUCAUGUUUCAUCACUUCUGGAAACUUGAAAAGACUAGUUUCUAUAUGCUAUGUAUCUCAAAAACAGUUUCAAAUUGCAUGACUCUUCUGAUUUAUUUGCUUUAUGUUGGUCCAGUUAAUGCUUUUUACAACCCAAUUGGUACAUUGGAGCUCAACGCCUACCUCAACCAGGCUCUUGGAUAUGGUUUAAUUCUACAAGGCCCAAUAACUCAAUGCCUGAUCACUAUCAACCGACUCCUUGUGGUAUGGAUUUUCGAACUUUAUGUUCCUCAGUACAGCGGCACAAUAACCAUAUUUGCAAUAUCCCUUUCAUGGGUGUUCACCAUUUGGUUUUCCACGUUGUUUGGACUGCCAGAUAACUGUCGCGUCCCAUUUGCCUUCCCUCACGUAGGCUACACGCAAACGAACUGCAACAAUCAAGUCACAUGGUAUAUGCUCUAUGGAAUACUUGGGCUAGCUGCGUUUACAAAUUUUAUGAAUAUUUUGAUAGCUGCUAAGCUGUUCUGUCGAUCUAGAUCCCAAAAAAGACUAUCCUCCGAAGCGAACCAAAGUCGUCGGAAGUUAUCCAUUCGUUUCUAUUUUCAAUCAUGUUCCCAAGAUUGGAUUUCUGUUCUUGACUUUGCUAACAACAUUGCAUCUUUUACUUAUUGCUUAAGCCAAGUUUGUGUUACCUCAGUCACAAUGGGCUUUGACGUCUUUGUGUAUGGAGCUGAUGGGUAA